GCGAUUUCACGAAGAAAGCUGAUAACCGUCAUGGAAUCCAGCAUCCCAUCUUCCCGGCGAUGUUGCCGGAGAUCCCACCGGACAACCGUAUCUCAUUAAACAGUUACUUAACCUUCCGUCGCAACUAUCCGCCGUGAAAAAUGUCUAUCUCAAAACAGCAGCAUCAGCAACAACAACAGUCGGUAGUUGUCUCAAAUCGAGAAAUCAAGCAUCGUAUCCUAACUUGUCUAGGAAAGCUUGCCGAUCGCGAUACUCACUCAUCCGCAUCCGCCGAACUUGAAUCCAUCGCUCGAACCUUAUCUCACGACAUCAUUCCACCGUUCCUUUCCUCAAUAUCAGCCACCGACGCAGCCGACAAAUCUCCCGUCCGCAAGCAAUGUGUUCGCCUCAUUUCACUUCUCUCCGAGGUUCACGGUGACGCACUUGCUCCUUACCUCUCGAAGCUUCUCUCCGCCGUUGUUCGCCGACUCCGUGACCCUGACUCCUCCGUUCGAUCUGCCUGCGUCGCCGCUUUUACUUCAAUCUCCUCUCACAUUGUCAAGCCUCCGUUUAGUUCUAUUAUCAAACCUCUUGUCGACGCUCUCGUCACCGAACAAGACCAUAAUUCUCAGAUCAGUGCCGCCUUAUGUCUUGCGGCGGCAAUCGAUGCGUCGCCAGAUCCGGAUCCUGUCUACUUGAAAAGACUUCUUCCGAGAUUUGAGAAGCUGCUCAAAAGCGAGAGUUUUAAGGCGAAGCCAGCAUUGCUGACGCUUGUAGGUAGCGUCAUUGGAUCUGGUGCGGCUUCUACUCAGCAAAUGCUGAAGAAUCUGGUGCCCUGCUUGGUUGGUUUCAUUAGCAGUGAUGAUUGGGCAGCAAGAAAGGGCGCUGCUGAGGCUCUGGUGAAGCUGGCAGUAGUGCAGAGUGAAAUGUUGGCAGAAUUCAAAAGUCCAGCCCUGAAAAAGUUUGAGACCAGAAGAUACGACAAGGUGAAGGCUGUGAGGGAUACUAUGAAUCAGUUGAUAGAAAUCUGGAAGGAGAUGAUCCCUGAUGGAGCAGAUGAGGCAUCCCCUUUUGCUGAAAAGCACUCUUCAUCCAAAGGUAGUCCAGUUUCUUCCAUAACAUCAGGAACUCCUCAACUGGGGAGAAGUAACCUUCUUAACAGGCAGCCUGUGCUUGAUGCCUCAAUAGUCACGACUGCUAGGAAAAGAAGUCCAGUAGACACAAGUGACAAAAAGGAAGGUCCAGCAAUGUUCCGAAAGCUGAGUGACAGGAAAGCUGAAAGUUCUACUCCUCCUGCAAGUGGAAAUCGUAGAGUGGGUAGAUAUGAAAUAGGUACUGGAAAAGACAGUAAGAAGCAAAGUAGUAUCAUUAAGCCAGAAGUGAGGCGAGCACUAUUCAAUAAGAAAACUAAUGAUGCAGAAAUGCUCAUAUCUGGAGCAACAGGAGCUGGACCCAUUGUAAUAUCAGAAAGUGAUGAGAUUGUUGAGUCCACUGUUGUCAUAAGUAAUAACAAUGAAUGUGAGGAUGUAACUCUGAUACGCAAGCAACUUGUUCAGAUUGAAAACCAGCAGUCCAACUUAAUGGAUCUGCUCCAGCGGUUUAUUGGGAGCUCUGAAAACGGGAUGAGAUCACUUGAGAACCGGGUUCAUGGACUAGAGUUAUCAAUUGAGGAGAUAUCAAUUGACUUGGCAAUGUCAGCUGGAAGGAUGUCUAAGAUUGAAUCUAAAAGAACGAUGUGCUUCAAGCUACCUGGUGCAGAAUUUUUAAGCUCCAAGUUCUGGAGAAGAAGAGAAGGCCAACAACAACAUUCAACUUCACGAUCCACUCCUUCUGCUGUCGCUCAACAAAAGGCUGUCGGCUUGCGUAAUAACUCCAGAAGCAAUAUGGAGACAUUUAAUCAAGAAGGAAGAGGAUUCCAUACCCAAGGAGGUGGUGGUUUUAUUGUGAAGAACCCUCUUGCAUUAGUUGCUACUAGCCAACUAUCCCAUGGUAUUUCAGACAUUGCCUCAAAUUGACAGCUUCACAACCUGCUAACGAGAAAGAUGCUUGCUGAUUAAUUUGAAGCAUGAGUUCAGAUAUCACUUGGCUGGACAAUGGAUACACUAUCCAGUAUCCACAAUCGAGGAUCUACAUGAUCAGUUCUUAAAGUAAGAAGUUAUUUUUAUAUGGUUUUGUUUAUGUAAAGUAAUGCAAUUGGUUAUGCGCGGCCAACAACCAGACAGAAGAAUUUCUUCCACUCCAUUCUAUUCUGGUAUGAAUGAUUAUCACGUUUGUUCAUAGUUUAUAGGAAACAGGAACACUAUUAUGUUAUUUCCAUGUCUGAACUCUUGAAUUUGUAUAUAGAAGUGGAGAAUUGAAAAAUUCACUUGUUUC